AUGGCCGCGCUCAACUUGCCAUCGCAGGCCUGCAGGACCUGCGAAGUAGGACCAGGCCUCGACGUCUCCUAUCCCUCGGCCUUCCAUCUUCCUGUCAUUCAUCCAGCUCUUCUCUCCACCUCCCAUCUCUUCAACCUCAGCUACAACGUGAGUUCUUUGCUUUGCUUCAAGACGAGCAUUCGCUAUGGAAGGCUUUGUUCAUCAUGUUUUGGAAAGAGAGGCUUGAAGGGAUAAUGUUUUGAAAUAGAGGGCACAAUAAUACAAUGCUUUAAAAACUCUAACCUUGACGAUAUCAUUUCAAACUCAAUAUGAUUUCUAAUAUUCUGCGAAAAAAAUUUGACUCGAAUGGGAAAGAAAAAUCUUCCUUUGUCUUUCUCAUUAUUCAUUGAUUGAAAUUUUUCCCUCUAUUUAAACCUAAAACUGGCGUUUGAAUUUCAGUACUUGUAAAAAAACAUAUUUGAAAAAGAACUUUAAAAGUUUUUUCAAUUUUUUUGAGUGGUAUCAUUUUUUUAAAAAAACGCUGCUUAAAUCUCACAUGUUUGAUCAAGAACAUUUCAAAAAGUAUUUAAUGGCUCUGUUUACAAUAACCAAGUCCGACCGGAGGUACAUUCCCAGCUCGACACGUUAUCCCUGACGUUAAAAACCUUCUAUUUGUUUUCCAACUCAAUUUUUUUUUCAUCAAACUGCAAGUUCAUUCUAGUCCUAGAAUUAUUUGAGCCUUGGGCAAGAAAAACGAUUCCAAAUGCAAGUGUGAAACUCCUGUUGGGAAAACGACAUCCGUCGGAAGAGAAAGUUUGACCCGCGAUUUGCUUCGUUUUUUCGUUUCCCGCGCGGAAAUACCCUUCCUCGCCCAAAAAAAGGAUUUCAGUUUGUUCUCCCCAAUCCUGAAAAGCUCAAAUUCUACAAGAAAGAUUUGCAGAAUGUCUACGACAACACGGAUCGCUUCAUCGAACACAACAACAACAACGACAAACCUGAGGUUGGUGUUGCUCUCGGCUUUUAGAUGCAACGAUACGAAAUCGAGUAACGUUGUAAAAAUAUUUUCCAUCCAAACGAAUACUGGAAAAUAAAAACAAAAAGUUACAGUCUUCAUGUUCCUCCUCCCGAGACAGCAGAAGUUCAGUUUCCCCAACAUCGACACGAGAAAAUGUAAUCGUUCGAAACGACGGUAAACGGAAGAAGGUUAUUUUAAAUGCAAACUAGAAGUUUAAGAGCAUACUUAAGGACCAGGUGAAAGACGAGGCCUACUGGGAACGCCGAAGAAAGAAUAACGAUGCAGCCAAGCGAAGCCGCGACCAGCGCCGUCAGAAGGUUUAUUUUUCCCCCUCAGCUCUUUUUUUCGAUGGGGUUCAUCAAAGGUACAUUCCUAAUGACCACGAAAUGAAUUCAGGAAGAUGAAAUGGCCAACCGAGCUCUUUUGCUCGAAAAGGAAAACAUGAAGCUUCGUAUUGAAUUGGAGCAACUUCGAGUGGAAACGGAUCAGUUGAGAGCAAUUCUUUUGGCUCCAGCUUCCUUAAGUGUAAGAUUCUUUCGAUUUGACGGUCAUCAUGUUAUUUUGAUUCAGAUGAACAUGGGCAACACUUCCACUCUGCUCACGCCCACCGUUAUCGCUCCCACUCAAAUAUUCUCUUCCUUGCCUCAAGUCCCUUUAUCCUCUCAUCGGAACUCUGUUCUCGUGAGCAACCCUACGAAAACAUAA